AUGGAUAACAGCGAACAAACAGCAGCAGCAGCAACAGUUGCUGAGCGCCACAGCAACAGCAACGGCAACAGCAGCGCCUGCAGCCCCAAGAUGGGCUCACGUCGCAUUUUCACGCCGCAGUUCAAGCUGCAGGUGCUCGAGUCGUAUCGCAACGACAACGACUGCAAGGGCAAUCAGCGUGCCACGGCCCGCAAGUACAACAUACAUCGCCGCCAGAUACAAAAGUGGCUGCAAUGCGAGCCCAACUUGCGCUCUUCGGUGGCCAACAACCAGCACCAGCAGCAGCAUCAGCAGCAGCAGCAACAGCAGCAGCAACAGUUGCAGCAGCAGCAGCAGCAACAUCAUCAUCAUCAGCAGCAGCAACAGUUGCAGUUGCAGCAGCAACAGCAGCAGCCAGCGCCGGCGCCUUUGAAGCCGCAUCAGUUUCAUCAGCAUCUUUUGGCACAUCAUCAUCACCAUCAUCAUCAUCAUCAUCCGCACGGAGCAGCCGCCGCCGCCUCGAUGGCAGCAGCUGUUGCUGCCGCGCGUGCGCAUCAGUUGCUGACGAACGGCUUCGCCGCGCCGCAUACGCAUGCGCAUGCGCAUCAUGCUGCGGCGGCCGGCAGCAACAGCAACAACACGUUGUCGGCGGCUAAAAUUGCCGCCGUCGUGGCAGCAUUUGCCAGCAACAGCAGCAACAGCAACAACAACAACAACAGCAGCAGCAACAACAAUUGCCAACACAGCAGCAGCAGCAACAGUUGCCAGCAGCAGCAACAACAGCAGCAGCCGCCGCCGCCUUUGGUUUAUGGUUAUGCGCCUGCCGCCUAUUUGCCGCUGCACGCGCCCAUGGAUCUGUCGCUGAGCAGCGCGGCGCGGCGACAACGUGAGCAGCAGCAACAGUUGCAGCUCGAGCAACAGCAACAGUUGCCGCUGGGCUGUCGCAAGCGCGCGGCGCAAUCGCCCUGGCUGGGCGGCAGCACGCCGGCGGACAAGCUGAGCAAACUGGAGGCCAUCAAAUGCGAGCCCAGCGACAACGAGGCGGAGGACGAUGUGGAUAUCGAUGUCGAUGUCGAGGCCGAGGCCGACACGGAGGCAGCAACUGUUGCUGAGCGCAAGCUGCCCGCCAAGCAGGUCAAGCUCUUCAAGCCCUAUCUGCUGGACGAGAGUGCGGCGGAGUCACAAUGGGAGCCGGAGCCGGAGCCGGAACGGGAGCCGGAGCGGGAGCGGGAACAGCAGCUGGAGCUGCGCGUUGAGGAUGAACGCGCCGCCGAUGCCGAUGAUGAGGAGCAUGCCACGCUCAACGGCGGCAGCAAGAAGAAGAAGCGCGUGGCGCCCAAGCAACGGGAGCCAAUCAUCUGGAGCAAUCAUCCCUUUGCCAGCGGCAGCAGCAGCAGCAGCUGCUUUCAGUCGAGCAAUUGCGGCGGCAGCAAGCCAGCCACGCCCACUAUUAAUGUGCUCAGCCCCUUCUCGGCGCCGGCGCUGUCGCCCAUCGGCUUCUGCUGCCCCAAAGGCUCGCCAGUCUCCGGCUACGAGAGCAGCUCCUCCACCUACAGCGACAGCCCCAGCGCCAGCUCUACGCACAGCUACAGCCUCAAUCUGCAGCUCCAUGCCGCCGUCUACAACGACAACUUGAUGCAACAGCAACAGCAGCAGCAACAGCAGCAGCAACAGCAACAGCAGCAACAGUUGCUGCAGCGCUGGCUGGAUCACGAGGCGCUGGCACGCCUUAACUCGGCCGCAGCGGGCGGUGCGGCGGUUGCGGUCGCUGCCACGCCCACAAGCAGUACCAGGGCAGCGCCCAUAACGCUGCUGGCCUAAGCCAACGCAGCAGCAACAGUUGCUGAUGGCAGCGGCAACAACCAUAACAAACAAACAAAAAACCCACCUAACAAGCGGGCGGCUAGAGGGAAGGGGGCGUGGCCUAGGGCCUGGUCUAGGGCCUUGUAAGUUAAUUAACGAAAAAGGGAAAACAAAAAAACAACAACAAGCAAAAGUCUAAAAAGCAAUUUACUUUUCGGGUGUUUUAACUGUUACGUUUAAUUUAAUUAAUUACUAAUCAAUUACUUCCAAAAACAACAACAACCACA